AUGAGAUGGUCAAGUAGAAGCAGAGCACUUCGAAAAUUGUUUGGCAAUUACGCAGAUCAGUCAUCAGAAUUCUUUUCGGACCUUCUGAUCAUCCUUCAGGAAUGCGUAUUUGCAGCUUAUUUGGCAUUUUCUCUGAGAGAAAAAAUGAGUUUAAAAACUAAUGAUGAACCUUUGUCUGAUGGCAUGGAAUUGAGGCUUUAUAAUUCCAACAUUUGCCCCUAUGCACAGCGUCCCCGACUUGUGUUGGCAGCAAAAGGAAUUCCAUAUGAGUUGUCAGAAAUUGAUCUGACCGUUCCUCGACCAGAUUGGUAUUUGAAGAACUUAAAUCCUAAUGGAACUGUCCCUUCAAUGCUACACAAUGGCCAUAAUAUCUAUGAGUCAUUGGUUUGUUGUGAUUACAUUGAGGAAGUAUAUCCUGAACCUACUUUGUAUCACCCAGAUCCUUUGAAAAGGGCAUUUGAAAGAAUUUAUAUCCAGACCUGGGCAAGUAAGGGAAUUCCUGCUUUUUACAAGCUCUACAAAGAACAUCCAAUAACAGAUGAAGGGAAAGAGAAUUUAUUGAAUGGCAUUGGGAAAAUGGAUUCCCUCCUGAAAGAAGCAAAAUCUGACUACUUCUCAGGAACUAACAAACCAGGAAUGGCAGAUUACAUGAUUUGGCCUUGGUUUGAAAGAAUAUCCUUCAUGAAGGAUCUUGUGGGAUUGAACAUUUCUGAAAGCAAUUAUCCUUCAAUUACAAGUUGGAUAUCUCGUUUGCUGAAGGACAAAGUUGCUCAAGAGGCUAACACCAACAAAGAUAUUUUCACAGCAGGUUUUAAAAAAUUCCACCCAGGAGACUAA